GCAUGCAUUAGUGAGUGAGAGAGAGGGACAGGGGAGUGUGAUGGUGGUGUUUUCCUCCUGUAUGCAUCAGUAAGAUGUGAAGAUGGCGGAGCUGCAGAUGCUUUUGGAAGAGGAGAUUCCUGCUGGUCGAGGAGCCCUGUUAGACAGCUACGCCAACCUAGAGAGAGUCGCCGAGUACUGCGAGAGCAACUACAUACAGUCUCCAGAUAAGCACAGAGCUCUAGAAGAAACCAAAAGCUACACCACUCAGUCUUUGGCAAGUGUUGCGUAUCUGAUCAACACUCUUGCCAACAAUGUGCUCCAGAUGCUGGACAUACAGGCGUCCCAGUUACGCCGCAUGGAGUCCUCCAUCAACCACAUUUCACAGACGGUGGACAUCCAUAAAGAAAAGGUGGCAAGACGAGAGAUUGGAAUACUCACCACCAAUAAGAACACUUCACGCACACACAAGAUCAUUGCACCAGCCAAUCCUGAGAGGCCUGUGCGGUAUAUCCGCAAGCCCAUUGACUACAGCAUGCUGGAUGAUGUAGGCCAUGGCGUCAAGUGGUUACUAAGGUUUAAGGUCAACGCCCAGAAUAUGAAAGUGGGAACGACUUCACGCACAGCUGCACCUACCCAGAAACCACCCAGCCCUCCUGGCCCUGGCAAAGGAACCAUCGGGCGGCACUCCCCUUACCGGACACUCGAGCCAGUGCGUCCACCCAUCGUCCCUAACGACUACGUGCCGAGUCCUACACGCAACACCGCACCACCACUGCAGAGCCCGGCUAGAACUGCUUCCGUUAAUCAGAGGACCCGCACGUACAGUAGUGGCAGCAGUGGAGGCAGUCAUCCCAGCAGUCGCAGUAGCAGCAGAGAGAACAGUGGCAGUGGAAGUGUGGGCGUGCCUAUCGCUGUACCAACCCCUGCCCCGCCCACUGCCUUUCCUGGUACUGCAACUGCCCCUCCCAAACCCCCACCGAACAUUAUUGUCCCUGCCCCUCCCGUACCUCCACCACCCUCCACCCCUGAGCCAGUGCCCCCUGCCCCUGCUCCUACCCCUGCUCUGCCAGUAGAGGAUCCUCCUGAGAUACCACCACCCCCACAGCUGCCCCUAUCCCUCCCUGUUAGCACCAACACCAGCCUUGAUGCUGCAACUUGCACCCCCACUCAAGGCAAUGGUCCUCACUUUUACAGUAUGAACCGGCCAAUGACGCGGCAUGCCACGCCCUCUGUGGGAGGUUCCCUGCCCUAUCGCCGGCCGUCAUCAGUUACCGGACAGCCCAACAACAUGCCUCAGAACACAAAUCCAAACAUUAUCCAAAACCAGCUCAAUGGAGGACCACAUUACAACCAAAACCAAGCCCCUAUGGCCCCUCCUCCCCCAUCUAUCCUUCAGAUCACUCCUCAGCUCCCGCUCAUGGGCUUUGUGGCUCGAGUUCAGGAGACCAUCUCAGACGCACCCCCACCCCCACCCCCUGCAGAAGAGGUGGAUUUUGAGGAAGCAACACCACCCCCACCUCCUCCAGAGGACUUUGAGGAUGACGAGGGUGAUGAAGAGGAAGAGUCGGCAGUGGUGGAGUACAGUGACCCUUAUGCUGAAGAGGACCCGCCAUGGGCCCCUCGCAGUUACCUAGAGAAAGUGGUGGCGAUUUACGACUACACACGUGAUAAAGAAGACGAGCUGUCCUUCCAGGAGGGGGCGAUCAUUUAUGUCAUCAAGAAGAAUGAUGACGGCUGGUUUGAGGGUGUGAUGAGCGGCACCACAGGCCUCUUUCCUGGGAAUUAUGUGGAGUCCAUCAUGCACUAUGCUGACUGAGCCACCAAGUGGCGCCACUGCUCCUCUGUCCUUUAUCUUCCUCAUUCUUUGAGUGUGCUCAUUCACACACACACACACACACAGGAACACAAACAAAUUCAGCUACACUACGUCUGGCACAGGCUUGUUGCAGACAAAUGAACUGUGGACGAAGAUGACUUCGAGAGCUGCGGCAAAGAAUUGAGGCAUUGUGUACAUUGGCAAAGAGGACAGUUCCUCAAUACUAUAAUGGGAAAAUUGAAAUGUGUAUGAUAAAUACAUUAGAACAUUAAUUCAUCUCUUAUUUUGAAUCUUUUAGAAACAUGUAUCAGAAAAGUGUUGGUUUUGCUUGACUUGUGUUGACAUUGAUUGCUUUGCUUUUGCUUCUAUCCCUUCUCUGCUAUGGAGGAACGGUCAUAACAUAGUGGAAGGACAGUUAUCCACUCAUGUCAUCAUGAAAUUGCUUGGAUGAAGGGAGAGGGAUUAGAAGACGGGCAUCUCGGACAUGCAUGUUUUUUUUUUACAUCACUUUUUAACUGUGUGCUGUCCUCUGACCAGCAAAUGAGAGAAGCUUUUGCCAAGAAUGACACAAGGAUUUUAUUGUGCCAGGUCUUAGAGAGAUGCAUUGAUUCUGGUUGGCUUAUUUCCUGUUUUUCAUUGCAUUGGGGGUUACAUUUAUUUUUUUAAACUAUUAAAUUUAGAGUGCUGUUCAGUUUGAAGUCAUUAGCAAAAGGAUAUACCAAAGGAUUUCAGUGACACUUUGGAUCGUGAACGGGACCGAAAAAUAUUUACUUUUCUCCAUUCCUUUACAUUUAUUUCUUUCCAACAAAGGUUUUAUUGCUUGAAAUAUUUGCAAGUGUGUGUAUUCUUUAUAUGUAUGAUAAAAAAGAGAGAAAAAAAAAAAUGCUAUUAAAUUGUUCAGGAAGUUUGUGCCAUAAAGAAAUGUAUGUAGAUGGUCAUAUUUUUGGAUGUGAGAGGCUGUUCAUGAAUCUCAGCACCGGAUGUGCUGUUCUUCAGGAAGAAAAUGUGUAUUGUGAUCUUGAACCUCUGAUUCAUCCCUUUGACCAACUGUGGACUUGCAGAUACAAGACUAUUACAUGUGUUAUAUAAUGAUUUAUAUUCUAGAAAUCUUUUGUGUUGGUGUAUGGACCCUAUUUUAUCUGCAAUAACUAAGGCACAGGUAGAAAGUCCUCAGUCGAUGAGCUAGAGAGAUCUUUAAAGCACAAGAAGAUAAAUGUGAUCUUAGGAAGAUCUUACAAAAUGUGAAGAACUGACUUUUGAUGAAGUGAUAUUAAUGAAAUAAAAACAGAAACCAGCCCAGACUUUAACACAACCUCUGACCCUCAUGCAGAUAAUGUGGAACAAACUGUACUAAUGCACAGAAACUUUUUCUAUAAAGUACUUUGAUGUCUAUAUGUAAGUGUGUAUGAGUGUGUAUGUGAGUGUGAAACUAAUUGAUUUCACAGUUUAUGGAUCAUUGGUGACUGACUUGCUUGUUUGUGUGCAAAUCUUUAUUUUCAAUUAAAGGUCUGUGGCAGUGCGCGUGUGUGAAACGGGUCUUGCAUGUUGAUAAAUUCUGUGAUUUUCCUGCUGAUGGAGAAUAAAAUGGAUAUAUCUGGUCUACUGGCUCACACUUCCUUUAAGUUUGAGAAAUUGAAAGUUUUCUUUUGGAGCAUAUGGGACACCUAUCCAUAUCUAGUCCUCCUAUUGUCUUACUGCACCCUCUAGUCCUUCGGGUAAUUUUUGACCCGUACUGAAAACCAUUCAAAAUGUGUAAAUUCUUGAUUCGUGUACAACGGCACUAAAGACCCAGCAGUCAAAACUGGGCCCAGUUUGCACAUCCGUGGCAACAAAUCCAUUCUUUCCCACUAAUUUUAAGCAAUUUGUUGAAGUGUUAAAGGGGUUUAGAAAGAUGCUGUAUUAGUUCUUUCUGCCAUCUGUUUUAGGAGAAAAUUAUUUUCAGUUGGUCUUUUACCAUUGGGGGUGGGGGAUUUACGAUAUGUUUUACAGGUGGUCAUAAAUCAGCGCCACCUAGAGGCCAUGUGGUAUAAAUAUUAAGAUGAAUAUAAAAGUCUUUCAGAUAGCAUUUAAAUAGUCAAAACAUAUAUUAAAUGAAAGCUCUCGUUCUCAGGAAUGUGAUUUUAUUUUGUUGGCCUAAUACUAGUUCGUAAGAUUUUCAAAAUAAUCACAAAGUGAAAUAUGAUUUCUGUAAGACAUCAAAUACAAAUGUCUCUUUUAUGAGCCAAUCACUGCUGUUGUAAGCCCCAAAUAGCUAAAAACUUUAUAUCUGAUUUAAACUUACGUAGUUUUCUAAAAAAAAAAAUUGCCAGUUUUUACUUGUCUGUGAGCUUGCUUGUGUAAAUAAUCCAAUGUUAUACCUUAGAUGUCCAGAACAAAACAUGCUAAAAAACAUGCUAAACAAAUAAUUGGAAAUAUAUGUUAUUGACUACUGAUGAUAAAAGGUUAUACCUUAUUACAAAGGGGAGGAUCUCAGCUUUCUAAUGACACUUAGAUUGAGCUUCUAGUCCACUCGGAGGCCAAAUUUUCAAUGAAACAAUGGAUUGUUUUGACCAAUCUUUAGCAAUUAUUCCACAGUAUGUGUAAAUGGUGAGCUUUUAAAUUUAAGUGUGAAAAAUUGCAGAAAAAAGCCCAAAAUUGCUCCAGAGUUAAAGAGGUUAAACAAUUAUAUAUAUAUAUAUUAUUUUGUUUGAUUUUAUGGUCUUGAAAAGUCAUGUUUGGUUUCUGUAACAAAAACUAGGCAGUAUUUAUAAUGUAUUCUUUCCCUAUCCUAUCCCCAAUAGGAGGGCUAGAUUACUAUACAACAGGAAGCUGUAUCUGAAGCCACGAAAAGCAGUAUUUACACAGACUAAUGCAGCCAUGUAUUUACAUGGUUUUGUAAAGUUUUUCCUUAGCACAAAGACAGACAGGCAAAAUAAAUGGUCAAUUUUUUUUAUUAGCGUUAAUAGGUUAACAUUAAAACUGUUUGGGUUAUGUACAAAGUAUAAAUCAUUCCAACUGAUGUACGAUGUUCAACAUUUUAGCAAAUUUUUAACAAUCUUUACAGAAUUCAACUCCCCACGAAUCAGUCCCUAAAUGAUGCAGAAGUUACACAUUUUAUUAGUCUGCAUUGAUGAUUUAUUUUAGAUUUGUGUUUUAGAAUAUUUGAGGGAACCAAAAACUUAAAGUGCUCCUAAAUUGCAUUUCUUACACAAGACACGUUUAGCAGUGUGUUAACUUACAGCAGAGCAAAAUAUGUAAUAAUAAAAAAAAAAGAAAAAAAAGAAAAAAGUGUAACUAGUACAAAAAUCAAUUCUACGUGUGUUCUUACCAUGUAAUUAUUGGCCAUAUACCACACCUAGUCAAAUAUAUCUUCCAGUAUAUAAUCUGGUGUCUGUGACAGAAGUUCACAGUUUUAAAUGUACACAUUUAGUGCAUCUUAUUAUAGAUUUCAUUUUACAUCUAUCCUCUGAGUCCUUCCCCCUUCCAUGGUCAAUGUGUUACUAGUUAUCAUACAUUACCCUACAAACCCUCUUGGAGACUUCGAACUCCCUGCUUAACAGAACCCAAAUACAGAAAAAUGCAUUACUAGGAGAGAGAAACGGGUCAAAACAUUUGCCUAAACAAAUAGUUCUACGCAUAAUAUUGCUCAAGGCGUUCAGUCGCAUUCGCUCGCUCUGUAAUAUUGAUUGCUGCUAUACAGAGAUACACAAAUCUGAGAAAAUCACACACACGCACGCACGCACACAUACAGGGAAAACAGGAAAAGUUUCAUGGAAGGACAGGAAGGGUCAGAGUGGAAUUUGUCCAAAGUGGUUUAUCUUGCUACCCAGCUGUCUUCUGCACCCUACGGCUCACAGAUCAGCGUCUCCAUCACAAAAUUGUUCUCAAAGUGGCGGAUCUUUAGGCAGUUGAGAGCCUCGCGCUUCUGUAUUCC